CCAACCCAGCACAACCCCAUUCGCAUCGCAUCGUAUCGCAGCGCAGCGCGUCGCGGCGAGCGAGCGACAGCUCGGGAAGAAGAAAAAGGAAGGAAAGCCAGGGGAAGCGGGCGCGACCCGCGCACGACCACCGCCACCCGCCUCCCCUCCCCAUUCCGAGCCUCCCGUCGAGUGGAAUCCCCGUGGACUCCCCCCGCCCCCGCUUCUGCCUCCGCCGACGCGCCUCGCCGGGGCGAGCCCCCGCCGAUCUGCACCCUCGGCCCCGCCUGCCUCCUCAGGUACCCAACCGAGGAGGAUAUAGAGCUGGGCACAAGAAGCUUGAUUUGAAACGGAGCCAUGAAGAAAGCGUUCAAUCAAACGGUUCGGGACAUAAAAAGAGAGGUGAAUAAGAAUGUCCUCAAGGUUCCCAGAAUAGAACAAAAGAUUCUCGACGCCACAAGCAAUGAGCCAUGGGGCCCACAUGGAUCUCUCCUGGCAGACAUUGCUCAAGCAACUCAUAACUAUCAUGAGUAUCAGAUGAUCAUGAAUAUUGUGUGGAAGAGGAUCAAUGACACUGGUAAAAAUUGGCGGCAUGUUUACAAGGGAUUGAUUGUCUUGGAUUACCUGGUUGCGCAUGGUACCGAGCGAGUUAUUGAUGACAUAAGAGAGCAUGCUUAUCAGAUAUCGACACUUGCUGACUUCCAGUACAUUGAUUCUUCUGGGAGAGAUCAAGGCAGCAAUGUGCGGAGGAAAUCCCAGAGCCUUGUUAGUUUAGUUAACGAUAAAGAAAGAAUACAGGAAGUUAGGCAGAAAGCGCUUGCGACCAGGGACAAGUACCGGAGUGCAUUUGCCACCAGUGGCCUAGGUGGAUACAGUGGUGGUUAUGACAAUGAUCAUUUUGAGGGCAGCUACGGCAGUAGAUAUGAUAACAGAAAUGGAAAUGGGAGGGAAAGAGAAUAUGGAUACAGGGACGAUGACAGAUAUGGUGGUCCUGGAGAUACACCCAAUCGGGAAGGAGAUCGUUAUUCCAGAGAUUCUAAUGAACGCUAUGGCAGAGAUUAUAGAGAAGAUGAGUACAAAGGAAGUCACAGCAACCAUGAAUAUGCUGAAGGAACAGGCCGCAGGAGCUAUGGUCGGGAAAGGGAUUCAUAUGGGGAUGAUGAAGCUUAUUCAUCCCGUGGCCGUGGCAGCAACGCCGAUGGUCCUACCCAGGAUGAGAGGCCUAUAGAACGAAAGCUUUCUAACCAGCAGAUUGCUUCACCACCACCAAACUACGAAGAUGUUACAAGAGAUGGCCAGGAUAAUCUUCAUGCUGACAGAAAUGGAGGAAGUAUUCCUGCUGCUGUACCAAAGGUGCCCUCUCCUUCUGUUCCUGCAACAAGUGUUCCCGCAGAACAGGUGAAUGGGGUUCACGAUAAUACUGUCGAAGAUGUACCUGCACCACCAACUGCUCACGCUGAGCCUAAUGGAUUUGACGAGUUUGAUCCACGUGGAUCUGUAUCAGAUUCUUCCCCUCCUGUGAACCCUGUGCCAGUGGUGAAUAGCUUGGAGAUGGAUUUAUUUGGAUCAGAUCCUAUUAGUUCACUGGCUUUGGUAUCCGUGCCUCAACCAACAACCACAUCAAAUGUUGAGCCACCAGCAAAUUCAGGUUUUGAGACAAAUAAUUUCAUGGGCAUGCCACCAACUUCUUCCGGAUUUGGCGAGAUUGAUGCAUCAAAUCCUUUUGGGGACCCUACUCCAUUCAAGGCGGUUCAUGACGAAAGUCCUGCAGUUCCUCAGACAAAUGCUGCUCCUGCUGGUUCUUCCCAGUCCACUGGACCUGGUGCAGAUGCAAAUCCUUUCCAGCCUGCUUCUGCCUCAAGCUUUGGUUUUGGAGAUACCCUUGGUGAUCUCACUUUUGUAUCAAACACUGCACCUGAGCAGCAAGAUAUUUUUGCAAACACAACCUCCUUUCCAUCAGAGGUAUCAGCUGUGAAUCCAUCCGCGGUUCUUCAACAACCAGUUUCUACUAAUUUACCCUCUCAGGCACCUCAGCCUGCAGUUGCUGGCCCAUCGCCUGUUACUCAUGCUGCUCCCACAGCAUUUGCUCCUCCUCAAGCACCCCAGGCUGCUCACGCGUUUGCUUAUUCACAAGCACCUCAUCCUGCUGCUGCCAACCAGUCUCAAAUUCCCCAGGCUGUGUCCACUUCAUAUGCUCCUUCUCAGGUGCCUCAAACUGUAGCACCCAAUCUGCCAUCAGGGCAGUCAAACUUCUUUAUGCAACCAGCACCAGGGGCUGGUUUUGAUAGCCAGUUUGGGGUUCCUACACAGAGCGGAGCUCCACCCUACAUUCCUCCACAGACUUCUCAGUUCACUGCUCCAGCAAACCAACAACCAUCUCAGCCAAGCUUCCUCCCACAAACUGGAACAUCAGCCCCACAGCCAGCUUUGAUUUCUCGGGGAGCAUCCCAACCUCUUGGUGUGCCAAAUUCAGUGCCUCCUGCUUCCAGCUUCCCAUUGCAGUCAAGUUCAUCAGCUCCCCCAGAAACUCUCAUUUCAGCUUUGCAAGUUAGUCAGACUGAGCCAGUGAAGAAAUUCGAGCCCAAGUCUAAACUGUGGUCUGAUACUCUGAGCCGUGGUCUAGUCAAUCUGGACAUUUCUGGACCAAAAGCGAACCCUCAUUCUGAUAUUGGAGUUGACUUUGAUUCAAUCAAUCGCAAGGAGAAAAGGCAAGAAAAGAAAAUAAACCAAGCGCCUGUGGUGUCAACCAUCACCAUGGGCAAAGCCAUGGGAGCUGGUUCUGGCAUUGGUCGGGCUGGUGCGGGUGCAAUGGCAUCUCCUCCCAACCCAAUGGGUGCUGGCAGGCCCAUGGGCAUGGGUAUGGGUAUUGGUGCUGGUUAUGGUGGCGGAAUGGGGAUGAAUCGGCCAAUGGGGAUGGGAAUGGGAAUGGGAAUGGGAAUGAACCAACAACAAAUGGGAAUGGGGAUGGGGAUGAACCAACAACCAAUGGGAGGAAUGAACAUGGGGAUGAACCAGGGGAUGCCGAUGCGGCCUCCUAUGGGAAUGGGUCCUGGUGGAAUGCCCGGAGCUGGCUACAAUCAAAUGGGUGCAGCAUACGGUGGUCAGCAGCCAUAUGGAGGAUACAGGUGAGAUGAGAGGCUUCAUCUUACCACACCACAGAUUAUGCGGCUGGAGGUUGAGGAACAGUUUAGAAGGCAUAUGUUUCCAGCUCACCUGGUUUUGCUUUGUGUAUGAUUUCUUGUUCCUUUUGGGGGUGGGUGGUAUAAUUUUCGUCACUAUUCUUUUUACAAUCCAUGAUGGAUACUGUACCUACUAAAUAGCAAAUAGCAAACAGGUGAACGAGGGCGACACUACAACUACUGUGUUGUGUUGGAUGCAAAGCCUAUUACAAGCUCCCAUGUAGUUGUAACUGUAUAAUUUGCUAUAGGUUGCUUUUGCGGUAAACAAAUUAUUUGUUUCAGCAUUCUUGCUGAAGGGACAAUAAAAGGUUGUACCAUGUGUUUGAGUUCUC